UCAUGGAUAGGCCAAGUUUUAUGAGGCAUGGAGUGGUGAAGCUGCCCCCUGGAUUUAGAUUCCACCCCACUGAUGAAGAGCUUGUGGUCCAGUACCUCAAGAGGAAGGUCUUCUCCUGUCCAUUGCCGGCUUCCAUCAUCCCCGAGAUCGAUCUCGGCAAAUACAAUCCUUGGGAGUUGCCUGGUGGGUCUGAGCAAGAGAGGUAUUUUUUCUACCUUAGAGAAGCCAAAUAUCCAAAUGGAAAUCGGCUGAACCGGGCGACCGGCUGUGGAUACUGGAAGGCGACAGGGAAAGACAAGAAGGUCUUAGCUUUGAGGAGCAACCAGGUGGUGGGGAUGAAGAAGGUGUUGGUCUUUUAUCAUGGCAACCCUCCAAGAGGGUCUAGGACUGAUUGGAUCAUGCACGAGUAUCGCCUUGCCGGCGCCGAGACUAGAACUGGUGCCUUCCCCCAAAGAAAGAACUCAACCCAUUUUUCCAUGGUUCCUACAAAAGAUUGGGUGCUCUGCCGCAUAUUUAAGAAGAAAAGAGCUACCAAGAUGGGAGUUGAUGUUGAAGAAUACUGUGAAGAUAGCCAAACUAGAAAUGGGGGAAUUGGUUUCAUUGAUUUCAUGGGGCUGCGAGAUGGCAGUCCACGAUCUUCCUCACCCUCUUCAUCGGAGUCAAGCUGUGUCACCGAGUUUUCUGAUGGAUCUAGCAAUGGAGAUGAAGCUACCUGCAGCGACAGUUUGUCACCUCCAUAAGGAAGAGAGGCUUAGAUCUCUUUCGCUUCGUUGUAUCAAAACUCAGAGCCUCCUUUUUUCCUUAAUCGGAGAUCCUCCAUGAAUAACCAUCAACCUUUUUUAACUUCAGGAAUUCUAGUCUUUUCAUCUCUUGUAAGUGUUCUUUUUUUAAACAACUUGAUACAAGAGAUCUCUGUGGAGCAUCAGAGCUUAUUACUAAUGUGGAAGAGAUGUUUCUCUUAAUGAACCUCAAUGUUUUGAUUAGUUCUA